CGUCGCCGGAGGUAUCACCCCGCAUUCUGCAGAGUCCGGGGUAUAUUGUACCGAUUUCCACGCCGACAUCCGGGAUCCCGAUGGAACCUUAAAACCUGCCCGCCCGCUCCUUCCUCUCGCCCUCUUCUGUCCACUCUGCUCUCGUCUUUCAUCAUCGAUUGCGCAGACAUGGUGACAAUAACUUCCCACAUCUCGCGGGAUGUGCGCUUUCCCACCUCACUCGACAAAACCGGCUCAGACGCCAUGAACGACGCGGGCGACUACUCCUCCGCGUACUGCAUCCUGCGGACGUCGGACGCAGCGCUCUCAGGGCACGGGAUGACGUUUACUAUCGGACGGGGCAACGACAUCGUGUGCUCGGCGAUCGACGCGCUCGCCGUGCGGAUCCACGGGCGCACUUUGGAGUCGCUCGUGGCCGAUAUGGGCGCCACGUGGCGCUGGCUCGUGGCCGACUCCCAGCUGCGCUGGAUCGGCCCGGAAAAGGGCGUUAUCCACCUGGCCCUCGGUGCCGUCGUUAAUGCACUUUGGGACCUGUGGGCGAAGAGUGAAGGAAAGCCGGUGUGGAGGCUCGUUGCGGAUUUUACGCCGGAGGAGCUCGUGAGGUGUAUCGACUUUAGGUAUAUCACUGAUGCGAUCACGCCCGAGGAGGCGGUCAAGAUGCUGCAGGACAUGCUGCCCGGGAAGGAGGAGAGGGUUAAGGAGGCGGAGAGGAAUGAGGCUGUGCCCGCGUAUACCACUUCUGCUGGAUGGCUCGGCUACGGCGAAGAGAAGAUGCAGCGGCUUUUAGAGGAGACGCUCGCGGAGGGGUACACACACUUCAAACUGAAAGUCGGGGGGUCCGUGACCGAAGACCGGAAGCGGCUCACGAUUGCGCGGCGCGUGCUCGGCUACGACAAAGGCAACGUUCUGAUGGUGGACGCGAACCAGGUGUGGUCCGUGCCGGAGGCGAUCGAGUACAUGCAGCAGCUGGCGGAGUUCAAGCCGUGGUUCAUCGAGGAGCCGACGUCGCCCGACGACAUCCUCGGACACAAGGCCGUGCGCGACGCUCUGCGCCCCCUCGGCAUCGGAGUCGCUACCGGUGAAAUGUGCCAGAACCGUGUCAUGUUCAAGCAGAUGCUCAUGGCCGGCGCGAUCGACGUCUGCCAGAUCGAUGCGUGUCGCCUCGGCGGCGUGAACGAGGUGCUCGCGGUGCUGCUCAUGGCGAAGAAGUUCGGCGUGCCAAUUGUUCCCCACUCCGGCGGCGUGGGACUCCCGGAAUACACCCAGCACCUGAGCACGAUCGACUACGUCGUCGUCACGGGAAAGAAGAGCAUCCUGGAGUUUGUCGACCACCUGCACGAGCACUUUGUGAAUCCCGCGGUGAUCAAGGACGGGUACUACACUACGCCCACCCAGCCUGGGUACAGCGUCGAGAUGAAGGAGGAGAGCCAUAGCGAGUUUGGAUACCCCGAGGGAAAGUUCUGGAAGAGUGAGCAGGCUAGACCGAUUCUGGAGCAUCUGAAGAGGUGAUGGGAUGUGGGAAUGGGUCGGGUUACAUAGAAUAGCCGAAAUGCAUGCAUGUCGCGGAAAAUAUAAUCCGAGACCGAGUGAGACCGUU